AAAACACGAGAAAACCGCCCCAGGACGGGUUUCUUGCAAGAGGGGCCGAAAAUUUUCGAUGAAAUCAAGACUACCAUCUCUCUUUAUAAACCCUAUACCCAUGCCUUUCUCUGCAUCAUUCUCCACUUCAAUUUUCUUCUGCCUUUCUCUUUAUCUCCCUUCUUCUUCUUCAACAGCCCGCCAACCAUGUCCUGCUACAUUGGGAAAUAUGCCGAAGAACUCAUUGCUAACGCUGCGUACAUUGGUACCCCUGGAAAGGGCAUCCUUGCUGCCGAUGAGUCCACCGGCACGAUAGGAAAGCGUCUUGCAAGCAUCAAUGUUGAGAAUGUUGAGGAAAACAGGAGGGCGCUUCGCGAGUUGCUUUUCACAACUCCAGGUGCCCUUCAGUACCUCAGUGGGGUUAUCUUGUAUGAGGAAACCCUUUACCAGAAGACCUCAUCUGGUAAGCCCUUUGUUGAGCUCCUGAAGGAGGGCGGAGUCCUUCCAGGGAUCAAGGUUGACAAGGGUACAGUCGAGCUUGCCGGGUACCAAUGGGGAGACCACUACACAGGGUCUUGAUGGGUUGGCCGAACGGUGCAAGAAGUAUUAUGAGGCUGGUGCUAGGUUCGCUAAAUGGAGAGCAGUCCUAAAGAUCGGUCCCAAUGAGCCAUCUCAACUUGCUAUAAAUGAGAAUGCCAACGGGCUUGCCCGUUACGCAAUCAUCUGCCAGCAGAAUGGACUUGUACCCAUUGUCGAGCCCGAGAUCCUCGUCGAUGGGCUUCAUGACAUCAAGAAAUGUGCUGAUGUGACGGAACGUGUCCUAGCCGCUUGCUACAAGGCCCUGAAUGACCACCAUGUCCUGCUUGAAGGCACCUUGCUGAAACCAAACAUGGUCACACCUGGUUCGGACUCUGCUAAGGUAGCACCGGAUGUGGUGGCUGAGUACACAGUCCGUGCCUUGCUGCGAACCAUGCCAGCUGCAGUCCCUGCUGUGGUGUUCUUGUCUGGUGGUCAGAGCGAGGAGGAGGCUACUGUCAACCUUAAUGCCAUGAACCAGCUGAAGAAGACCAAGAAGCCGUGGAGCCUUUCCUUCUCGUUCGGGCGUGCUCUUCAGCAAAGCACACUCAAGGCUUGGGCAGGAAAGCAAGAGAAUGUCAAAAAGGCUCAGGAAGCUUUCCUUGCAAGGUGCAAAGCCAAUUCUCAGGCAACCCUGGGAACGUAUUCCGGCUCGGCUAACCUUGGAGACGGUGCCUCCGAGAGCCUGCAUGUUAAGGAUUACAAGUACUAAGGAUGCUUUGGUUUGUGGGUGGUUACUAUCUUCUUGUGCUUUAGCCGUUUUGGUUCUUUUUGCAGUGUUCUUAUGUUGAGUUUUGAUGUUCUCUUUCGGUAAUAAGAGUUUUAAAAAAAAUCGUGAUUCAAGUUCCAAUGUCCAUAUCUGAUUAAAUCCCAAACACAGAAGUUGCGCGGAAAAAUAAUCUGCAAUUCUGCAAACAAAUUGUGACAAAUAAUUAACACCCCAAAAGAUAAUCUUUCUUGAUUUAUAUAAGGAUCAAUACGAUAGCGGAUUGAUAGACGGUUCAAAUCUAAUACGUAUCUUGGAACUUUGCUUCUUU